CGGAAAAAGGCCGCCAUAAUGCUUCAAAUUUGCAGUUACAGAGAAGUAAGCCGUGAGAAUAUGCGCAGCCCACAAAAUUUACAAGCCGUUUCUUCGCCACGUAAGCUUCAAAUUCUUCACCCUUCGUUCAAUUUGAUUGCUGUUCAAGGGUUUUAUGUAAAACCAGAUAAAAUUCCCAAUAGGGUUUAUGUGGGUUUUAACUUCAAGCUUCAAGUUCGUUCGGAAACAGAUUAUUUACCCACACGAACUAUCAGAAAUAGUGUAAGUAAUUAUAGUUCUAACAAUAAGAAGAAUAAGAAGAGAUAUGGAGGCCUAUUGCCUUCUAUUUUAAAGUCUUUGGAUUCGGAAGACGAUGUUGAUAAAACCCUGAAUUUGUAUUACGGGAAGUUGAAUCCUAAAGAACAGACUGUGAUUCUCAAAGAGCAGAGAAAUUGGGAAAGGGUUAUUAGAGUUUUUGAGUGGAUGAAAUCACAGCCGGAGUAUUUGCCCAAUGUGAUUCACUACAACGUUGUUCUUCGUGUGUUGGGUCGUGCCAGAAAAUGGGAUGAGUUGCGACUUUGUUGGAUUGAGAUGGCGAAGAAGGGUGUUUUGCCAACUAAUAAUACAUAUGGAAUGCUUGUUGAUGUUUAUGGGAAAGCAGGUCUUGUGAAAGAAGCCCUUUUGUGGAUCAAACACAUGAAGCUUAGGGGUAUUUUCCCUGAUGAAGUCACCAUGAAUACAGUGGUUCGUGUGUUGAAAGAUGGGGGAGAGUAUGAUAGGGCAGAUCGAUUUUACAACGAUUGGUGUAUUGGGAAAGUUGAAUUGGAUGAUUUGGAGUUGGAUUCUAUGGCAGAUUCAGUGUCUGGCUCAGGUUUGGAGCCCAUUAGUUUGACAGGAUACUUGCUGACUGAACUUUUUAGGACUGGCGGGAGAGAUCAUACAAAGAGUAUGGUUCGAUCUGAUAAAGAAAAUUCUGUUCAAAAACCCCGGCUUACAGCUACUUACAACACUUUGAUUGAUUUGUAUGGAAAAGCCGGUCGAUUGAAAGAUGCAGCUGAUGUGUUUGCCGAAAUGUUGAAAUCUGGAAUUGCUAUGGAUACUAUUACUUUCAACACGAUGAUCUUUACUUGUGGGAGUCAUGGAAAUUUAUCGGAGGCAGAGUCUUUGUUGAGUAAGAUGGAAGAAAGGAGAAUAUCUCCAGAUACGAAAACUUACAACAUCUUUCUGUCGCUCUAUGCUGACGUUGGGAAUAUAGAUGGGGCUCUUCAGUGCUACAGGAAGAUCCGGGAGGUGGGCCUUUUUCCUGAUGCUGUCACUCAUAGAGCUAUUCUUCAGAUUUUGUGUGAAAGAAAAAUGGUUCAUGAAGUCGAAACUGUGAUCAAAGAAAUGGAGAAAUCUGGUUUAUGUAUCGACAAACAGUCUCUUCCGGUUGUUGUUAAAAUGUAUGUAGAUGAAGGAUUAACCGAGCGUGCUAAGUUUCUAUUUGAAAAGUAUCAAAAGAAUGAUGAAUUGUCGUCAAAGACUUAUGCUGCCAUUAUCGAUGCAUAUGCCCAGAAGGGUCUUUGGGCUGAAGCUGAGUAUGUUUUUGGUUGUGAAAGAAGUUCAGUUGGACAGAAGGAUAUUGUGGAGUAUAAUGUCAUGAUUAAAGCUUAUGGGAUAGCGAAGCUUUAUGAUAAAGCUUUUUUGUUGUUCAAAGGCAUGAAAAGUCAAGGGAUUUGGCCAGAUGAAUGCACAUAUAACUCUUUAAUUCAGAUGUUUUCCGGUGGUGAUUUGGUUGAUGAAGCAAGGGAUCUUAUAGGUGAAAUGCAAGAAGCAGGUUUUCAACCCUCGUGUUUGACCUUUUCGGGUAUUAUUGCAAGUUAUGCUCGUUUAAGCAGACUUUCGGAUGCAGAUGAGAUUUAUCAAGAAAUGGUGAAAUCUGGGGUUAAACCAAAUGAGGUCGUGUUUGGUUCUUUGAUAAAUGGAUUUGCAGAAACGGGCGAUCUUGAAGAAGCUCUCAGGUAUUUCGGGAUUAUGCAAGAAUCUGGAGUAUCCCCGAAUCAAGUAGUGUUGACUUCUCUGAUCAAAGCUUACAGUAAAACCGGUAUUCUAGAAGGAGCUAGAACGAUCUAUAAAAAGAUGAAGGAAUUUCCUGGAGGUCCUGAUAUUGUGGCAUCAAACAGCAUGCUCAAUCUUUAUGCAGAUUUAGGUAUGGUUUCAGAAGCCAGAUUGAUAUUUGAUGAUUUGCAAGAACACCAUCAAGCAGAUGGGGUUUCUUUCGCAACCAUGAUGUAUGUUUAUAAGAACAUGGGCAUGCUUGAUGAAGCCAUAGAAGUUGCAGAAAAGAUGAAAGAUUCUGGUCUACUGAUCGACUGCCCUUCAUUUAACAAAGCCAUGGCUUGCUAUGCCACAACCGGCCAUCUAAUUGAGUGUGGUGAAAUGCUGCACGAAAUGGUAGUAACUCGAAAGCUCUUGCCAACCAAUGGAACUUUCAAAGUAUUAUUCACCGUGUUGAAAAAAGGCGGCAUGCCAACCGAAGGAGUGGAACAGCUCGAGUUUGCUUACCAGGAAGGUAAACCGUACGCCAAACGAGCAGUCAUAACGGCUGUAUUUUCUGCAGUAGGUUUGCAUACUUAUGCUAUGGAAUUUUUCCAAAACUCCAUACAAUAUGAGACAUGUUUGGAUCUUUUUGCUUAUAAUGUUGCAAUUUAUGUUUUUGGGCUUUUGGGGAGAAUUGAUGAUGCAUUUAAGAUGUUCAUGAAGAUGCAAGAUGAAGGUUUUGAAGCAGAUGUUGUUACUUAUAUAUAUUUGGUUGGUUGUUAUGGGAAAGCCGGUAUGCUGGAAGGCGUGAAGAGGGUAUACACGAAGCUAAAAUACGGAGAAAUCGAUCCAAAUGAGUCUUUAUUCAAAGCUGUUAUAGGAGCUUAUAAAAGUAUGAAGAGGAAUGAUCUUGCAGAACUGGUUAACCAAGAGAUGAGCUUGGCUUUUGAGAUGGAACCCUUGGCUGAUUCCGAGAAUGAAGAUGAACCAGAUGAAACCUCUGUAAGUUUAUUGAUAUGAAAUACAGAUCGGAUACGAAUUCCGAUAUUAUAUAUGAUACAUGUUGGCUGAUAGUUGAUGAAAACUAGAUGAAAAAUGUAUAAAUAUUAGUGAUGAGAUCAUGUAUAAGGAGCAUGUAUAUAUUUUCUUAUUGAAUUUUAAGAACUCGAAUUAAU